CCUCCCCAUUUUAGCAAACAUGUCCUGACCGAAGACAUCGUGCACCGGGAGGUGACAGCGGACCACAAGCUGCUCUCCCGGCGGCUCCUGACCAAGACCAACCGGAUGCCCCGCUGGGCGGAGCGCUUCUUCCCGGCCAACGUCGCCCACUCCGUCUACAUCCUGGAGGACUCUAUCGUGGACCCCAAGAACCGAACCAUGACCACAUUCACCUGGAACAUCAACCACGUGCGUCUCAUGGUGGUGGAGGAGCGCUGCGUGUACCAGGUGAACCCGGAGAACAGCAACUGGACCGAGGUCAAGCGUGAAGCCUGGGUCUCUUCCAGCCUGUUUGGCGUCUCACGGGCCGUCCAGGAAUUUGGUCUGGCCAGGUUCAAAAGCAACGUGACCAAGAGCACUAAGGGAUUUGAGUAUGUGCUAGCAAGAAUGCAAGGAGAAGCUCCGUCCAAAACGCUGGUGGAGACAGCCAAGGAAGCAACCGAGAAAGCCAAGGAGACAGCUCUGGCUGCUACAGAGAAAGCCAAGGACUUGGCGAGCAAGGCAGCCACCAAGAAGAAGCAGUACGUGUGAGGGGCCGGGCACAGGCGGGCGCCGGCUGCACCAGAACAGAUAGGAGCCUCCUUAGAUUUUAUAUUUUUAAAGAAACUGUACAAGUCUGACAAUCAGCUGCUGUUAGACCCUUUCGGAGAUGUAAUUAUCAUUAAAGAAUCUACUCCCACCUCUGA